AUGUCGGGGUACGAGACGGUCCUGUUCGUAGCACGCGAGUGCUUCGUCUACCGUGUACCGCCUCGUUCCUCAACCGCGGGCUACAAAGCAGCUGAAUGGGGCGACAUGGAGGCAUUUCUUUGGAAGGGUCGCUUGCGCAUCAUGGAGAAUUCCGGCUCAGACACCUGCUCGAUCCGCUUAGAGGAUGGCGAUUCAGGAGAGCUCUUUGCUGCGUGCCCCUACGACGUCAAGGGCACUUCGGUCGAGCCUGUGCUCGAUUCGAGUAGGUACUUUGUGCUCAGAGUCGAGUCCGAUGGUCCUGAUGGGAGGAAGAAGAAGGCCUACAUUGGCAUGGGCUUUCAGGAUAGAAGCGAUAGCUUCGAUUUCAACGUUGCACUUCAAGAUUGGACAAAACGUCAAAAAGCAGCUGCGAAUAGAGCCGCCGACUCAUCAGGGAACGAUGACGGCUCCCUGAUCGAUGAAGGCCCGUCACCACACCUUCCUGCCGGACCGAAGCAAGAUUUCUCGCUUAAAGAGGGCCAGACGUUUGCCAUCAAGCUGCCCGGCGGUGGUGGUCGCAAGAUCAAUUCGUCGUCUUCAAGCUCAUCGUCAGCGUUUGGCAGUGGAUUCGGCGGUGGUCCUUUGCUGCCUCCACCACCGAGCAAGAAGCGAUGA